GCGAGCGCCUGCAGGGCCUUCCUGGGCGGGCCGCUCCCCACGUGGGCGCGGGGGUCCGGGCUGCGCCGCAUGGAGGGAGGGAUGUUCCUGGAGGUCCGGCGGCAGCUGCAGCGCGGGCUGCUGAUCGUGCGUGAGCCCAAUUCAGGAAGCUUGCCUUUGGAUAUUUCAGUGACUCCAUCAUCCUUAAAGAUAAAAAGCUGUCAAGCCUGCACAACUAUCAACCUGCCUGCAGAGGUCAGGAUUGUUCCUUCCUAUUGCCGAGGAAUACAAUAUGUAGCUGGGGAUGGCUUACAUGUAAGACUGCAGGUCGAAUCAGAUUCAAAUGCAAAAUUGGUUUCAACUUUGUGUGAAAUCCUAAAAGCCAAUGAGAGUUGCAUCUUUUACUGUCAGACGUGUGGGGAGAUGAUAAUAAAAGACCGGACGUUUCUCCGAGUUCUUCCUUUGCCAAGUGAAAACUGGAGUGCUUUGGUUGAAGAGUGGUGUUGCCAUGCUAAUCCCUUUGCCAGCGUUCUUCACCCUCAGAGUAAUGACUGUUUUCUUGGAGACACAUAUUUUCUGGUGAAUUCAGGAUACGAGGCGCAUGUGCCAGGAGUUGAAAAAGUCAACUGGGAGACUGAACACUCUGCUUCUCAAAGUGGCUCUGCUUUGAAAUCAAAGGAAAAUACCAGAGUAAUUUGUAAGCGCUGCAAGACAAUGCUGGGAGAGGCAGUAUCAUCAGCUAUUCUGAAUCUCAUUACGGAUAGACCUUCAUCUGGAGUCAGCAUCCAGUGUCGCAUGGAAGGGAAUAUCUUUAACAUCAAUUAA